AUGUCCCACCAGAUCUCCUUCCCCGCCCCCAAAUCAGACCUCACCGUCCUCCUCCUCGGAGCCGGCGGCAGAGAGCACGCCCUCGCCUUCAAGCUCGCCCAGUCCCCCCGCGUCGCUCGAGUCGUCGUCUGCCCCGGUAACGGUGGUACAGCCCUCAUGGGCGGCAAGGUCGAGAACCUCACCCUCCCUUGGGGUGCUCCUCCCGCCUUUGCCUCCAUCGUCGAGUGGUCCCAAACCCAGAACGUUGACCUCGUCGUUCCCGGGCCUGAGCAGCCGCUUGUUGAUGGUGUCGAGGGCGCUUUCAAGAAGGCCGGUAUCGCCGUCUUUGGCCCCUCCCCUGCUGCUGCCAUGCUCGAAGGCUCUAAGAGCCUGAGUAAGGAGUUUAUGGCGAGGCACAACGUCCCCACUGCGGCGUUCCGAUCUUUCCUCUCCAACGAGUACUCUGAAGCUGCCGCCUACAUCAACUCGAACCCCUUCCCCUCUGGCCGGGCCGUCAUCAAGGCGUCUGGAUUGGCUGGUGGUAAAGGUGUGUUGAUUCCCGAGACCAACGAGGCAGCUCUUGCUGCGCUCAAGAGCGUCAUGGUCGACAAGGAGUUUGGCGAUGCCGGAGACGAGGUCGUGGUGGAAGAGUACUUGACUGGACCUGAAAUCUCCAUCCUCGCCUUCUGUGACGGCUACACCAUCAUCCCCAUGCCCGCUGCCCAAGACCAUAAGCGUAUCGGCGAGGGCGACACUGGCCUCAACACUGGUGGUAUGGGUGCUUAUGCCCCUGCUCCCAUCGCUACCAAGGAGAUCAUGGACCGAUGUGUCCAGGAGGCUCUGGCCCCAACGAUCAAGGGUAUGCGAGAGGAGGGUCACCCCUUUGUCGGCAUGCUCUUCACUGGGUUUAUGCUCACUGCCAACGGUCCCAAGGUGUUGGAGUACAAUGUCAGGUUCGGAGAUCCCGAGACGGAGGCUUUGAUGCUGUUGUUGGAUGACGAGACAGAUUUGGCUGAAGUCUUGACUGCCUGUGUGGAGCGCCGAUUGGACUCUGUCAAGCUCGACUACAAGCCUGGCUUUGCCAUCUCCGUCAUCCUCGCUUCUGGCGGCUACCCCGGCUCUUACCCCAAGGGCGUCCCCAUCGACCUCGGCUCCAGGCCUCAGGGCGUCGAGGUGUUCCACGCCGGUACCAAGCUCCAAAACACCACCACCCUCACAGACGGUGGCCGAGUCCUCGCCGUCUCCGCCUACGCCCCCACCCUCCGUGCCGCCGUCGACCUCGCCUACUCUGGCGUCGACCAAAUUGCUUUUGAAGGCAAGACCUACCGCCGAGACAUUGCUUACCGCGCCCUCUCUUCCGUUCCCGUCGAGGUCACCCCCGCCAAGGGCUUGACCUACGCCGCUGCGGGUGUAGACGUCGAUGCCGGUAACGACCUCGUCGACAUGAUCAAGCCUGUGGUCAAGGCCACCAAGCGGGCUGGUACCGACUCGGACAUUGGCGGUUUCGGCGGUGCGUUCGACCUUGCUGCCGCUGGCUUCCGAGACCCCGUGCUCGUCUCUGGUACGGACGGUGUCGGAACAAAGCUCCGUGUCGCGCUCGACUAUGGCAAACACAACACUGUCGGUAUCGACCUCGUCGCCAUGUCUGUCAACGACCUCAUCGUUCAAGGUGCCGAGCCCUUGUACUUUUUGGACUACUAUGCGUGCUCCAAGUUGGACGUGCCCGUGGCUGCCGAUGUCAUCACUGGUAUCGCUGAAGGAUGCCUCCAAGCUGGCUGCGCUUUGAUUGGAGGAGAGACUGCAGAGAUGCCGGGGAUGUACCACGCCGACGACUAUGAUCUCGCGGGUUUCGCCGUCGGUGCCGUCGAGCGCAACCUCAUCCUCCCCACCCCCGACAUCACCUCCGGCGACGUCCUCAUCGGCCUCGCCUCCUCCGGACCCCACUCCAACGGAUUCUCCCUCAUCCGCAAAAUCCUCGCACACGACAACUUGUCGUUGCACUCCCCCGCGCCUUGGGACAAGUCCAUCACCGUCGGCGAGUCGCUCUUGACGCCUACAAAGGUCUACAUCAAGGGCCUCUUGCCUGGUAUCAGGCAGAGCCUGUUUAAGGGCAUGUCCCACAUCACCGGCGGUGGAUUUACCGAAAACAUCCCUCGAGUCUUUUCUACCGACCUCGGCGUGACGCUGGAUUUGACUUCGUACAAGCUCCCGGCUGUAUGGAAGUAUCUCAUGAAAGCCGGUAACGUCGAGGCGAAGGAGAUGGUGAGGACGUUCAACUGCGGUGUGGGGAUGGUCAUCAUCGUCAGCAAGGAGAAGGUUGAGGCGGCGCUGGCGAGCUUGAAGGAAGGUGGGGAAGAUGCGUGGGUGAUGGGAGAGGUCAAGGAGGGUAAGGGGGUAGAGUAUAUUGGGUUGGACAAGUUUGGGCUGUAA